UUUCUUUACAAAGAGAAAUCCUACCGCCUCAUGUUCUUGAUCCUCUUUAUUACGUUUCCAUCAACCUGCACCCAAGUGAUGCAAAUGCUACCUGCAGCCUGCCACAAGAUUUGUUCACACGAUGAUCAGAAUUGCAACUCUUAUCUAAAAGGAGACUAUUCGGUGAAGUGUAGCACAUCAAAGCACGAUGUAUAUGGCUCUUUAAGUACAGCAUCCAUUUGCUACUGCAUUGGCUUUCCAUUGCUCCUCUUCUUGAUCAUGAAACACGGCCAAAGAAAUCAAAAGCUUAUUGCACCAUCGUCACCCAACAACACCGUUAUGUUCAAUUCAAUAAGAUUUCUCUAUGAAAACUACUCUCCAAGCUGUUGGUUUUGGGAAAUUCUAGAGCUGGUACGAAAAGUGUUCUUUACUUCCAUGCUGGUAUUGAUGGACUCRGAAAGUCGGUUAAGCUUGGGUCUAAACGCUAUCUUAUCAGGACUGUACUCUGUCUUAUUCGCCCUCUGGAAGCCCGUUGAAGAUACCUUUGAGUACUGGCUGCAGUUAGUAUCUCUGCUUGUAACGUCAGUCAACUUCUCAGUUGGGAUGUUGUUGAAGAUACCYGAAGAUGAGGACUCUUCAAGUGUGAGUGGAAAGUUCGACUCUCUUGUAAUAACGAUUCUGUUGGUUGCUGCCAAUGUUGCAGUGGUUGUCAUAAUCGCAGUGAAUUACAUAACAACCCUUGUGAAUACCUUGAUACAGUUGAAGAAAGAGCCACAAUGUAACAUCACAUGCUGCCUUGAGGUGUUCCAGUUGGUGAGCGAUGCACACGGAGAUGUGUCAGGAAUAUGUACAGAGCCCAAAAUGGCAUCAGGACUGAUUGGUAGCAACGAGCAACAAGGUAUAAGUAACAUACCAGAAGAUGCAGCAUUUGAASUCCAGGAAUGGGAUGGUGACACCAACGAAGACAGGARCAKCAAGGUAUAAGUAAAAUACCAGAAGAUGCAGCAUCUGAGCUUCAGGGAAGAGAUGGUGACACCAACGAAGACGAGAAUAAUGGAUCUGACUGAUUUGCAUGUUCGUGUGCUAUCAAAAAUCUUAAAACUGCAUGCAUUAUAUACUUUGAAAAUGUKUAUUCCAUUUAUUACAAGUUAGUGUACAAUGGUAAGUAAGUUAACUUGUACUCCAUUGAUUUCACUAAAAGUAUUCAUACAUGACUCAGUGGCGGAUCCAGGAUUUUUCAAAGGGGGGUUCCGUUUCUUAAACUGUGUAUACCGUAAUUCUCUU